CCCGUCAGUCAUGGAUUUUCAGUUCAAAGUCCCCGAGUCGGUCCCCCAGGAUAUACUCCUUAUUCAAGAAAUUGUCGGAGUUAUCCCUCCACCAAAAGCGGAUGUUUGGAAGGAUGUCCACAAGUCUACAGACUCAAGCGAUGAUUCAAUCGCAAGCUCGUCCAGCGAGAUUGACAGUGAGGACGAGGUUGAAGCCGAUUUAAUGGUUCCAGAGGAGGAAUCUUCCAAUCCCACACCUGUUUUACCAGGAUCACCGGAGUCAGACUCAAGCUCAGACUCUGAAUCCUCUGACUCGGAUUCCGAGUCAGGCGAGGAUGAAACUGCUGAUAAAGCAGAAGAUAAAAAUGCGCUGAACCCUCGAAAACCACAGAUUGAUGUGGACGAUGACGAGGAGUCAGGCGCUACAGCUGUUGCAUCAUAUGUACAGACCAAAAAUGAGAUUGUCGAGACAGACAUCGUUGUCCCUUCUAUAUCAGGAGUCGGACUCGAAGAAGUAUUGGAAAAAGUUGGCGAGGUGAUGAACAUUAUUGGGAACGUAGUAAUUGUGAAAGGCCUUCCUGCUGACUCCUCCAGAGCUGCGUCUGAAAAGGCACUCGAUGUCGAGACAUUACUAGUAUUCGACGAUCGACAAGUUCUCGGCCAUGUGUAUGAAACGUUCGGGCCCACUUCUCAGCCCUUGUAUCAAAUAAAAUUCAACCAGAGCUACCCGUUGGAUACUGAGAAGAUUCGCGUCGCUCGCGAAGUUUACCAUAUACCACAACGAAGUAAUUUUGUCUUCAUGGCAUACCUCAAAAAGCUUCGCGGCAGCGACGCAAGUAACAUUCAUGAUGAGGAGCCCGGUGAAGAUGAAAUGGAGUUUUCUGAUGACGAACAAGAAGCCGCGUUCAAGCAGGCACGGAAGAAAAGACGUGGCAUGUCUGUGUCAUCGUCUCGACAAACAACUCCUGUGCCAUCGCAGUCUCGUUACAAUGAUGAUAUUGAUAAAAUUUUCUACGGGGCAAACCCAUAUGACGCCCAUGGCCCAUAUGACGACGGGUACCGGGUUGCCGGGCCGUCACGUCCGGCGCCCAUCCCAUACGACGACCCGUAUGCUGACGAGGUCAAAGUGGACAUUGUGAAGUAUGAAGAACACUUGAACGGUUCUUCCACUGAGGCUCGUCUGUCUGGUAGGGAACCCGAGAGAGACUUUGGAGACAGCAGAGGACGGGGUCGGGGGCGUGGUAAAGGUCAUGAUAGAGGUGGUGGGGCUCGUGAUGGUGGGAGGGGUCGUGGGCGUGGGCGGCCAGAACGUGGACGACGUUCGUGGGGAGAACCUAGAUGGCCUCAACAAAACUCAACGGCUCCUUCAAUGGAACCGUACAAAACAAGUCCCCCGAUUCCUCUAUCGCCCACAUCUGACGAGAUAGAACGCGGAACAAAUCAACCAGUUGGAAUCCCCGGCUAUUCUUCACAGCCUUUCUCACCUCCGCCAACGUGGGGUUAUCAGCAAGGCGGUUUUCAAAGUCAUCCAUUUGGACAGCAGCAGCAACAACAACAAUCCGUACAGCCGCACAUUAAUCCUCGAUUCGCGUCCGCAUUUGGAUUUAAUGGCCCUCCUGCAUGGUUUGGGAACCAAGAGGCUCGGCUCAACUCUUAUCACGCACAACAGCCUGCUCAACCCUGGACGAAUCAGUGGUUGGUGCAUGGACAGGAAUAUGAAAAUGCGGAGAGCGAUGCGUACACCCCGAUCUAGUUCAUUCAUUCAUGUUCGGCGGGUUUCUUCAAUCGCAUACAUUUGACGGUACUCUCACCGAAAUCAUACCUGCCCAGAGUUGUCCUAAUGUAAAACACCACGAUGCCGGCAGCGAAUAACGCAAGUCGCCUGCCGAGCUUUUCCAUCUUUGGCUUAAGCCAUGUGCGUACUUUUUCCGUACUUCCUUCUAGCUCGCAGUGCAACAAUGUGAUCUUCCAAAACGCGCCACAAGUCGCUUAGGGAAUUGAUACUCUAGCACAUGACAUGUGCCUUAGUGCACGACAGGCCUGGCACCAGUAAACUUACAAACAAAUGGUGGAGCGACACGUAAAUUGGAACGGGCGUAACGAAGAAGGGAUUGAGGCGAUUUUCAAAUCGAGGCGUUGUGAGUGGGGUGAGC